GUUGCGAAGACUACCACACCCUCGCGGAAUAUUGGACUUGCGAAUGGGACCAAUAUAUGGCAGCGAGUGGCACUCCUCACGAACCCCAAUGCGUGGAAGACAGUUGCCGUGGAGCCCUGUUCAUCACCUCCUGGCUCAAUGGUUGGAACGGGACCAGUAAACAAGCUCCAGAACCAUUCAAGGUUAUCUUCAGUUUGAAUCAUUUUCGGGUCUGUCUUAGUAGCCCAUACGGGUUUGCGCCAUUGUUCAACAUCCCCAAGGGUCUUUUGUACCAUAUGGGUACACUCACAGUACGCCUCGAUGGAGAGCCUGUCGAGUCUAUCGUUGGUGGCGACCAUUGGGAGAGAACUGAGAAGCUCCUGCCACUAAAGCUCUACACUCGGUAUGGAAGGAAUGGAAUGGAAUGAAAGAAUGGGAGAAACUGGUACAGCGGCUGGCUGAUAACAUUCGUCCCAAUCAUCUCACGCUGUAUCUCAUAGUCAAUGCCGAGGAUGCUCAGACCGCGAGAUCUAUCCUAAAGCCACUCGAUCAGCUCCCGACGCUCAAGAAUUGCGGGCUCUGGCUCAACAAAGACAAAAUCCCGGAGCUGAAGACGAUUGCUCAGGAGACUGCCAAGUGCCUGACAUCCUCUGUCCGGACCAUGAAACCGUUCAGGUAUCUUGAACUGCCGAUUGAGAUCAGGUGGAGGAUAUUGGAGUACUCUGACCUAGUCUAUGAUCGUGCCAUAGGAUGGAAAGCACCUCUACCAAGUCUCUGGAAAAUGCCCAGCCCCUACUGCAGCUGCGAACAUGAACUGGACCGAGACACCAUCGAUUCAGGCAUGCAUUUGCCGGACUGUAGCAGAGAUGAGAUGGACGCAAUUGACCUGCAACCAUACGUGGCGGAUUAUAAAUUCGGUGCGAGCCACUGUUGCAAGAAAUCCUCGCGCUUUACCCGCUGCAACCUGACCCCCGCCGGUUUCUGCGAGUGUAUAUUCCACUGCAAACACUCUGCGUACUCGUCCAGCCUCCUUGCGCAACCAAGAACUGGCGUACAUCCCCUCCUCCUAGUCAGCAAGCAAGUCUCUCAGGACGCAGUUUCCGUCCUCUUCCAGCGCAACCGAUUUUUUGUCAUUCCACCAUGCAACUUGUUCGCACUCUGGCAUCCAGACCAAUUAGAAUUCGACCCCGAGCGAAUUGUCACGCCUAUGCCGCGCCUAGAGUUGUCACUAUUCCUUUCCUCCCUCGCACGGAACGCUCUGAGGAAUAUCCGGUAUCUGGAGUGGAUCCUACCACAAUUUAAGAAUUACACCACGGCAUCCAAGUCUGCCUACCUUGACUAUCUCGACACCGUUGAGAUGAUGGCCCAAGCCAUGGUUCUCCCGCAACUCACGCUCGUCUUAGACCUCCGAGGGGGCAUCAAAAUUAAGGACUCGAUAGAGAAUAAUCAUUUCUACUGGCUAACGCGGGUGGCUCCUGAUGGCAAGGUCUACGACAGGGUGCUCCACCCGCUGAGAAGGCUGGAGGGACUAAAAGAUUUCUUUUUGUAUCUGCGGCGCGUAAACAAGAGGUUCGUACCGGGCGGAUGUGCAUAUGAUAAUGACGAGAUGAAAUAUGAGAAGGCGGUCAUGGGAGAGGAGUAAAACAGUCGAGCGAGGGGGAAACCGUGGCUCGUUAGAUUUGAGAGAGGCGGCGGGAAGAGGUGGGGGCGAACCUGGGGCGUAGAUGAGUACGGGGACUAUGAUCCCGGUCUCGAUGGGCGCAGCAGUUGGCGGUAACCAAUGAGUGCGCCUAUGGGCUUGCG